UAGCGUUGGAUAGGCCAUAACAACCACCCAACAAGGCGUUGUGCUACUAUGGAGAAAUACCGAAUCGAACCAAGAGUGAAAAAACGGUUUUCUGUUUAGUUUAUAGUCGAGGUAAAUGCUGAAAAUCUGCCGGAAAGUCGAUGCAAGUGGGAAUGGUCGCAUAUUAGGGAUCAAAUGUGGACGUUGACGUCGAGCCGUGCGUAAUGAGCAGAGUUGGAAAAAGAAGGUGUUGAGCCGCAUUUUUUCUCUCUCUACCAGGGACAACUUGGGUCGGAGUACUGACUAAACUACGGGGUGAUACGAAGAAAAAUAACGGCCACGAAGCUCUCCACUUUCUGGCAUGGCAGGCUGGGCCUGGGGCUCUGAGGACGCUGCAGAGGAUCCGUGCCUGGCCCACGGCUGAGGAUUGAGAGGAAUACGUUGUCUGAGCAGAAUGACUCAGCAAGAGGGGGGACCCCCAGAUAGCAAGUGAAGAGAAGUGAGGAUGGGUGCCAAUGGAUCCAGCUAUCCGCACUCAUGCUCCCCACGCAUAGGGGGAAAUGCACAGACACAGCAGACUUUUAUAGGGACCUCAUCCUACUCUCAGCAGGGAUAUGGCUGGGAGUCUAAGCUAUACAGCCUGGAGCACGGCCAUGAGCGGCCCACUGACAGGAAGAAGAAGAGCCUUGGUCUAGCGACCCUCAAACGGAGGUUCAUCAAAAGGAGGAAGUCCAGCCGCUCAGCAGAUCAUGCGCGGCAAAUGCGCGAACUUUUGUCUGGAUGGGAUGUCCGUGACACAAACGCCCUGGUGGAGGAGUAUGAGGGCACAGCAGCCCUCAAGGAGCUGAGCUUCCAGGCCAGCCUGGCACGUGCCGAGGCUCCCAGCUUGCAGCGGGAUCUUGCUGCCCUCUACCAGCACAAGUACUGCACAGAUGUGGACCUCAUCUUCCAAGGCACUUGCUUCCCAGCUCACCGGGCCAUCCUGGCUGCCCGCUGCCCCUUUUUCAAGACUCUGCUGUCCUCGUCCCCUGGCUAUGGAGCAGAGGUUCUCAUGGACGUUGAGACAGCUGGCAUUGAUGUGCCCAUGUUCUCUGCCCUGCUUCACUACUUGUACACUGGGGAGUUUGGGGUGGGUGGAGCAGAGGACACCAGGCUUCAGAACGUGGAUGUACUGGUGCAGCUCAGUGAGGAGUUUGGUACACCCAACUCCCUGGAGGCAGAUAUGAAGGGCUUGUUUGACUACAUGUGUUACUAUGAUGCUCUGCUCAGCUUCUCAUCAGACUCUGAGAUGGUAGAGAGCUGUAAUGAGAGAGGGGCUGUGGCUGCAGCAUCAGCAGGGGGUUCAGCAGGCAAUGGGGUGCCCAGGACCCCAGACGAGGACCUUAGGGCACAUAAGGCGAUCCUCUCAGCACGUUCUCCGUUCUUUAGGAAUCUUUUGCAGAGACGUAUCCGCACAGGAGAGGAGAUGACAGAGCGCACAUUGCAGACACCCACCAGAAUAGUUCUGGAUGAGUCCAUCAUCCCACGGAAAUAUGUGCAGGUUAUUCUCCACUGCAUGUACACAGAUGUGGUGGAGCUUGGGUUGGUGCUGCGGGGCAGCCCCUCAGCAAGCAGCCUUGGUGAGGUGCAAGCCCUCGUGUCAGGGGGCCGUGGGGCCAGCACACGAACCGAGGAGGCCAUGGAGCUGUACCACAUCGCUCUGUUCUUGGAGUUCAGUAUGCUGGCUCAAGGCUGUGAGGACAUUGUCGUGGAAAGCUUGUCUCUGGAUUCACUCGUCCCCAUCUUGAAGUGGAGCUCUCAGCCGUAUGGCUCUAAGUGGGUCCACAGGCAGGCCAUGCACUUCCUCUGCGAAGAGUUCAGUCAGGUUGUCACUUCAGAUGUUCUCUACGAGCUCAGUAAAGAGCAUCUACUCAGUGCAAUUCAGUCUGACUACCUGCAGGCGAGUGAACAGGACAUUCUCAAGUAUGUUGUUAAGUGGGGCGAGCAGCAGCUUAUUAAGAGGAUGGCAGACAGGGAGCCUAACCUGUUGAGUGGCACAGCUCACAGCGUAAACAAGAGGGGGGUGAAAAGGAGAGACCUGGAUGUGGAGGAGCUAAAAGAGAUCCUGUCUCCCCUCCUGCCCUUCAUCCGAACUGAGCACAUCUUACCUCCCAACAGUGAUGUCCUCGCCGACGCGCUUAAAAGGGGUUUGAUAAGCACCCCUCCCUCAGACAUGCUGCCCACCGCUGAGGGGGGAAAAGCUAAUGCCUGGUUACGGCAGAAGAACGCAGGCAUCUAUGUGCGUCCCCGCCUCUUCUCUCCUUACGUGGAAGAGGCUAAGUCUGUACUUGAUGAAAUGAUGGUGGAGCAGACAGACCUGGUGCGUUUGCGACUAGUGCGCAUGUCCAACGUCCCAGACACGCUCUAUAUGGUCAACAAUGCUGUGCCUCAGUGCUGUCACAUGAUCAACCACCAGCAAAUGGCAAGCAAUUCAACCACAGCUCCAUCAGUUGUGGCCAAUGAAAUUCCAGUGCCUCAGCUGCCAGUGGUGAAGGAGAUGAUCCGGAGGCUGCAGGAGCUGAGACACACAGAGCAAGUCCAGAGAGCUUAUGCCCUCAACUGUGGCGAAGGAGCCACCGUCAGCUAUGAGCUGCAGCUGCGGGUGCUGAGGGAGUUUGGUCUGGCAGACGGAGCCACUGAGCUACUGCAGAACCCAUACAAGUUCUUCCCUGAUGAACGGUUUGGAGAUGAGAGUCCAAUUCUGGCUCUGCGCCAGGUGGGUCGUUGUCGGGUAAACAGCAGCCCAGCCAUGGAUAGCAUGUUCACAGAGCUGGAAGGGAUAGCGGGCUUCCACCCACCCCUACCUCCUCCACCUCCCCCAUACCACCCCCCUGCCACACCCAGCCAUGCUCAGCUCAAGGGUGCUUGGCGACCUCGUGUGCCCAUGCCGACCCCCACCCGUUCCUUCUCCUAUCCCUGCAACCGCACCCUGAUCCAGCGCCAUGUGGCUGCCAAGCAUGGCAGCUCAGAGUACUCCUCUGUGCCCAGGCCCCAGCCCCCAGACUGCACCAACCCACAGGCCAUGGGCCGAGCUUUGCUUUCAGACCAGCAAGCGAUGAGCAUGGAGCCUGUCAUGAGGGAGUUCAUGCCUGACAUUGCUCUGGGUGUCUCUGUCAUGACCCUGAGGGAGCAGCACAUGGUAGAGAUGGACAGAGAUGGCCCUCACAGCCCCAUGGGCCCCUCUGGCCACCAUGUGCCCCAUGUGCCCUGCCCUUCUGCCCGCAUCAGCCACGGCCAUGGUCCUGGGCAUGGCCACUCCUGCAAGAGACAUGCUCCUGAACCCAAGCUGGAGGCUCAAGCUGAGUUCCCUGACCUGUAUGACUUCUCCUGCCGACCUGCAACCCCAACAUCCACUCACCCUCUGCCCUCCUUUGCAGGACCAGACCUUUACAGCCACAACUGCACCCCCUCCAGCUCCUAUCCACCCCCUUACAUUUCUGACUCUCAGUCCCAGGGCCACCUGCAGGGACGGACUGCCCCAGACCCACUAAGGCUGGAUGUCCUCAGUAUGACCUCUCAGAGGCAUGACGGAGUCCUUGCCAGUCCUUCUGGGGCGCAGCCUAGAAUGGGACAUAUCCCAAGGGGGCGAUCAAAUGAGACAGACCUGACUCAUGGCUUAGGCCAUUUACGGUCCCCCAGUGGAAACAUGGACAGCUAUGAGGAGAGGCAUACGGGACCUAGAGACGUGCCGGAAGAGAUGGUUCUAGCUGGAGAAUCAUCGGGCCCCGGUCCCCUCCAGCAGCCUCACAGGAACAGUGUCAGCGAGGAGAUCGCCAGAGACCGCAGCAUGCCUAUAACAACCCACCUGACUAGUUUUCCCCUCCUGGCCAUGGACCUGCAGUGCUGAUGAGCAAUAGGCCAAGGCUCGGUCACACAAAGCAGGAAUUGGAUCCGACAGGAAGCAGGUCAGCAGAGCUCGUCAUUCUCCAGUAACCCAGUCUGAUAAUUGUGUGAGGCUUAAACUAUCACAGCCUCUCAGUGUCUAGCUUAGAGGCAGAGGCCUGGCGUUUUUUUGGGCGGGUGGGGCAGGAUGAUUGCAGGCGGGUUCAUUACUGAGAUACAAUAGAAAAUAUAGGGGUACCAUGGCAACUGACGUACAGUGAUCAAAUGGAGUGCGGCGGGGGGCGGCGGCGCGGAAUGGGCUUGUUGGUUUUGCAGCUGGAACAGUUGUGUGCAUGUGUGUGUGCGCGUGCGUGCGUGCUUGUGUGUGUGUGAGCAAGGAUAACUUUGAUACACACAGGUGUUUAGACAAUCUCAGUACUGUACACUCCCAUCUUUAGUCAGGUCUGUUUGUACAUAUCAGAGUCUGAGAUGAUUAACCAGAGUCUUUGGCACAGAGAGUGGUGGUCAGUGUGCUAGAGCUCCCUCUUAUUCUGUUUAACCCAAUAGCAUCAAGUAAUCAAAUCUAAAGCCUUAAUCAGUGCUUGGAAUAUUCAGUUUUAGCUACCUUUAUUCAAUUUAGUAUGAUGUCAUUGUAUCGCAACCCCUGUUAAUUGCUUAUUUGACUGUUCUGUUCACUACGGACACAUUCACUGCAGUUGAUCUGGGUGGUAGAGGUGGAUUUCACUAAACCCAAACGCUAAAACCAUGUAUAUACAUCAGGCCUCCAUCUCACCACCUCACGGGAGAUUGUGGACCUGCAUAGUCAUUGUUGAUACUGUUAAAUAUACAGUUAAAGAGCCGCAGCAGCUGUAGCUCCACAACCGUGCAAGUACACGCAUUAAAGCCUGUUACAGCCAACAGAUGGCAUACAACCUCACAUAAGCGUAUCAUUGCACUGUAGGAGCCACCUGUUUAUUGGCUGAAGGGAAGAGGAACAAAUGAAUUUCGAACAAAAAGGAAUCUUAUAUUGAAGAAAAGUUGGCGAUUGCGGGCUCAUAUCUCCAAUGGAAAUUGUAUAUAAUGAAUUUAGUUCCACAUGUUCUGAUGAAUUUUUAAUGGUUUCUAUCACAUUUUAGUGGUUGUUGAAGGUUUGUGUUUUUACUGUAGUGGACAACACUGUGUAUUUGUCUUUGUCAUGAAAUCUCACUAAGAAUGUGUGGUAUAAAACAUAAAGAUUGUGUCUCAGAAUCUAUUUCGUUCUUAAAUGUUACAAACUUAGGGCAGUCUGUUCAAUAUUGUAGGUGGUGUGGAUUACCAUGUUUGUAGAGAUGUUUUUUUCCCCCCCUCCUCUAUCUUCCUUUACUUCAGAAGUAACAGGAAUACAUAGAGGAUCUGAGGACAUUAGGUCUCUGCUUAGCAGUAAUGAAGUUGCCAAGCAGAAAAAUCAUUUUUCCAUCUAGGUUGCUUCAUGGGGAAAAAAUGCAAAACUCCAGAUUCCUCCCCAUGUUCAUGUUGGGUAGUUGUUUUAUUUUCCAGGACAAUGUUCCAUUGAAUAAAAGUCCUUGUUUUGCUCUUUGCUGUAGAGGAGUCAGUGCCUUCCCCCGCCUGCGGCUGGGCUUUUAUUGGAGAAGUGACUUUGAUGUCUAUGCAAGCUCUUUUCUACCAGCUUACCAGCCUGCAUCAAAUAGUUCUUUAAAAUCUCAUGUAGCUCGUUUUGUGUACAUAGUGUUAUUUAGCACCUUUUGAAACUGAACCAUCGGAAAUGUGUGAUUGCUUGUGUUGAAUUAUACCAGGUACAUUGUACUUGUAUGGUAUCCUAGAAAACAUGUUUGUAGAUUGAUAUUAAGUUGCAUUUAGUUUCACUGAAUCUAUUUUUCUACUGUCACCUCAAAAGGUGCAUAACAGUGGUCAACUUGUGCAUCCUCAAAAUAAACUGGUUUGAUA